AAUAGAAAUGGAUAUUGUUUUUACCAAAUAUGAGAUGUCCAUUAUUGAAAAUCAGUAAAGUAAGGGUAAAAAUGUAUAAAAACCGUUGUCAAUAUGUUUGUUAUUUAUGUGAAAGUUUAUGGCGUAACAAUAUCAAAUUGAAAAUAUAAUAUGCCCGUAUGGCAAGAUCAAUUAUUCUGGUUUAUCAUAUAACUACAAUUGGUUUCUACUCAUGUAUGACAUUCUAUGAAAAUUGUCACUCGACAUCCGUAUUUGAUUCCGGAUUGAAUUUUAAAUCGGCAUGUCGCAUUCAACAAUGUUACAUCAGUUGUUGAACUAAAACUGAAAAUAAAUAAGAAUAUCUCAGGGACUGGAAAAGAUAUCUAUAGUACACGUAGAAAAAUAAGUUUUUUAGCAAAAAAGUCGUUGAUUGAAUGUGCAGGGAAAUAAGAAAUUGGUGAAUAAAUUUAUCAAUUACACAAUAAUUAAAACAAUCGUAGUGGGAACUAACGUGAAAAGGAUUAUUUUUCUACAUUAUGAGUGAUUACAAGAAUUAUUUGUCCGCAUAUAUUCAAGUUAUGGCAGCAUUGUAUACAUGCGGAUAUUGUGAUGGUCUUUGUGAAUACACGUGGGGUGAUUUAAUACUCAGAAAUCUUACAGAUGAUUGGCUGGAAAGGAAUUCUACUUGCUUAAAUGGCGAAAACGAGUCCAUUGAUACUGUAGAUGCAUCCAAUCUUGAAAUGACAAUGAGUGACGUCAUUACCUACUUAUAUACAGCCAACAAAUCUAAGGAAAUUAAACACCUAUACAUGUGGCAUAGUUACAUUCCAGAAGUGCAGGCUUAUUCGUUUGAGGUGUUAAUGAAUAUUGAAAGCAUAUCGCUUCGUCACAACCAUCUGAGAAGGUUGCAUGAAAACAGCUUCUUCAAUUUAACCUAUCUAGGUGAAAUCGAUCUUUCCUACAACGAUCUGGUUGAGAUCGAACCAUCUGUGUUCAACUGUUUACCAGAGGUGUAUUAUCUAGAACUCUCCAACAACAAGAUAGUGGAGCUAGGACCAGCUGUAUUUAGUCGUUUACCUAACCUAGAAUAUCUAUACCUGACAAACAACAAUCUGACAACAAUACAUGUUGAUAUAUUACCAAUCCUAGAAAUGAAUGUAAGGCACGAAAACGAGACCCAGCUGGCUGGAAAUCCGUGGACAUGUGACUGUUCUCUGAAGUGGAUGAUACAGUUUGUGCAGGCAUACACAGCAUCAGACAAUAUUUCAUGUAAUUUACCAUACAAUAUCAGCAUGCUGCGGCUUAGUCUUGAAAGUUUGGAUUGUGAUAACAUCAUACCGGAAGUAUUACAUGACAUGACAUUGGUGGUGAAAAUUGUUGUGUGUGUUUCACUCGGUGUAGGUGUUUCAAGCCUUGUUGGUGCGUUAUUUGUCUGGUUCAUGAAGAAAAACGCCAAAAAGAAAAGGAAACCUUUUAAGAUGUUGACAAACAGACACUACUACCGAGCACAAUCAGUGACAGAUAUUUCGGGAAUGUCCUUGUCACCUAAACGUUUCUAUGGAAACCAAGUAAAACAAGACAUGCAGAAAACAGAUGUAGGGUUUACAGAACUGACUGUGUAUGGUAAAGUUCGUCUGGUAAAACUUCUCGGACGCGGGGCGUUUGGUGAAGUAUAUGAAGGUUUCGAGACUGGUUUUAACAAUGUUGGAAGAAAAGUUGCCAUCAAAAGAAUUAGAGAUAAUGUAAAUCCAACGGAAACAGAAAGUUUAAUGAAGGAAUGUGAAAAUUUAAAGAAAGUUGGAUCCCACCAAAAUAUAGUUGAGGUGUAUGGAUCGUGUAUUAUCAAUGGGUCUCGUGCAAUAGUGAUGGAACUUGCAGAGGAUGGCGAUCUUAAGAACUUUUUGAGGACAUAUUAUGAAGCCAAUCGGACAGUGAUACAGAACCUGGAUUGUUCCGAGGAGAGGUCAUAUCUAUGGUCACAAUGUUCCCGGCUCUAUAUGUUUAUGUGGCAUAUAGCGAAGGGGAUGGCUUAUUUAAGUUCUCUAAAGAUUUUACACCGUGACCUUGCAGCUAGAAAUAUUUUGCUGUCUCAAGGACCAAUUGCAAAGAUAUCCGAUUUCGGUCUGUCACGUGAUGUGUAUGAGUCGGACUAUUAUUAUCAAGAAACAGCGGGGAGACUACCAUAUAAAUGGAUGAGUCCAGAGACGCUUAUAGAAGGGAGAUACACCACUAAAAGUGACGUCUGGUCAUAUGGUGUACUCCUGUGGGAAGUGGUGACACUAGGUGGCAGUCCGUAUCCAGGGAUACUACCGGAUAUGCUGAUAUCUAUGCACAAUUCAGGAUAUGUCAUGCCCCAGCCAUCACUCUGCCCAAAUGAUAUAUACAGACUUAUGGUAGAAUGUUGGAAAUAUACGCCCGAUCACAGACCUGUGUUCAAAACCCUUGUUGGAAGGUUAGAUGAAAUUAUACAGAGAGAAACAGAACAAAUGUACAUUGAUUUGGCAGUAGGAUUAAGACGAGGAUUAAGUCCAGUGGAAGAGGAGAGACUUACUGGUGAAUAAAUGAGUCACUUGCAUUUCCAGUAUUAGAAUGUCUCGCUGUCAUAAUUGGAUGUGCCAUAAAUGAGCCGCGUCACGACAAAACCAACAUAAUGGGUUCGCGACCAGCAUGGAUCCGCAUCCGCGCAGUCUGAUCAGGAUCCACGCUGUUCGCUUACAAACCCUAUUACAAGUAGAGAAACUGAUAGCGAACAGCAUGGAUCCUGAUCAGACUGCGCGGAUGCGCAGGCUGGUCUGGAUCCAUGCUUGUCGCAAACCCAUUAUGUUGGUUUUGUCGUGACACGUUACUAUUUAGGGGUAAAUAUAGCAUGACUCCUCGGUCUAGAGAUGGCAGUUGACAAUACAAGAUAAGAAGUAUCUUUGUGGCUUUAAUGCUACAAAAAUUUGGAAUGACAACACACAAGAUGGUGUUAAAUGUGUUUACAAUAUUCUACAAUUUAUAUGUUUGUCGUAUUCGACUACAAUUAUAAAUAAACGUCACAUAUUGACA